AUGGCGUCCGUCGCCACGGAGAAGACCGAGUUGAAGCAGGAGGGGAUCAUUGAGGCCGCUUCCGAGCUGGCCCAGGACCCCCAAUCCCAGGUCAACCCCGAGAAAGUGGAGGAGAAAUUGGUUGAGAAAACUCGCGAGGCUGGCGUGCCUGCCUACCAGUUCGAUCCCGAUGCCUCACCAGAGGCCAAGGCCGCCGCGGCACAGUCGCGGCUGCCGCCCGGUUUCCACCACAACAAGAAGCCCCAGGGCAUGUCCGUCAUCACUGACCAGGACGAUGGGAAAGCAGACUAUGACCUUCCGCCCCCGCGAUCGGCGAAUGCCUUAUUGGCUGAGGAAGCCAAUGCCAAUGGUGGGAAGGGCGCCCCUCAUGUAGAAGAGGAUUUGAGGUGGGCGCGCGACCGUACCGGUUGGGCGCCUAAGUUUGUCACCGAGAAGACCGAGGUGGAUGACGAGGGCACAUUGCUCGACCACCAGACUUUCCUGGAGGGUCGUCUGCCCGACAAGUUCUUCGGCGAUUGGUAUCACAAUGCCGCGAUUAUUGUAUUUGCCUGUUUGACCUCGUGGCUGAUCGCUGCCCUGGGCGGCGGUGUGGGCUGGGUGCUUCUGAUCAUGGCCGCUUGCAGUACCUACUACCGCACGUCCAUUCGUCGAGUGCGUCGCAACUUCCGCGAUGACAUUCAUCGGGAGAUGUCCAAGGCGCGCCUGGAAACCGACACCGAGAGUCUCGAGUGGAUCAACAGCUUCCUCGUCAAGUUCUGGCCCAUCUACGCGCCGGUUCUGUGCGACACCAUUAUCAGCUCCGUGGACCAGGUCCUGAGUACUUCGACUCCCGCCUUCCUGGAUAGCUUGCGUCUGAAGACCUUCAUCCUCGGUACCAAGCCGCCCCGUCUGGAGCACGUCAAAACCUACCCCAAGACCGACCCGGAUACUGUGAUUAUGGACUGGAAGUUCAGCUUCACCCCCAACGAUACGAUGGAUCUCACUGCGCGCCAGCUGAAGAACAAGAUCAACCCCAAGAUUGUGCUCGAGGUCCGACUUGGCAAAGGUGUUGUCAGCAAGGGCCUGGAUGUGAUUGUUGAGGACAUGGCUUGUUCUGGUCUGAUGCGCGUCAAGGUCAAGCUGCAGAUUCCCUUCCCUCACAUCGAGCGUGUGGAUGUUUGCUUCCUGGACAAGCCCGACAUCGACUACGUUUGCAAGCCCCUCGGUGGUGACACCCUGGGCUUCGACAUCAACUUCAUUCCUGGACUGGAGAACUUCAUCAAGGAGCAGAUCCACAACAACCUGCAGCCCAUGAUGUACGACCCCAACGUGUUCCCGAUCGAAAUUGCCAAGAUGCUUGCCGGAAACCCCGUCGACCAGGCCAUUGGUGUUGUGGCGGUUACUCUGCACGGUGCUCAUCAGCUGAAGAACCCUGACAAGUUCGCUGGUACUCCCGACCCGUAUGCUGUGGUUUCUCUGAACAAUCGUACUGAACUCGGACGCACCAAGACUGUCCACGACAAUGACAGUCCCCGCUGGAACGAGACUAUAUAUGUCAUCAUCACUUCCUUCUCUGAUGCUCUGACCAUCAUCCCCUACGAUUGGAACGAGUACCGCAAGGACAAGGAGCUGGGAACUGCCUCCUUUGGAUUGGACAAGCUUGAGCAGGAGCCUUCGCACGAGGGUAUUUACCUCGAGGUGAAGGCCAGUGGCCGCAACCGUGGUGCCAUCCAUGCCGAUAUUCGUUUUUUCCCCGUCCUCGAGGGUCGCAAGACUGAUUCCGGCGAGACCGAGCCCCCGCCGGAGAUGAACACCGGUAUUGCCCAGUUCACCGUCGAGCAGGCCAAGGAUCUGGAUGGAAGCAAGAGCUUGGUUGGCAAGUUGAACCCCUACGCUGUUUUGCUUCUCAAUGGCAAGGAAAUCCACAUCACCGACAAGCUGAAGCGCACCAACAACCCCAUCUUCCAGAAUGCCUCCAAGGAGUUCCUAGUUACCGAUCGCAAGAACGCUCGUCUGGGUCUCAUUAUCAAGGAUGACCGUGAUCUGAUGACCGAUCCCAUCAUCGGUCGGUACCAAAUCAAGCUGGGAGAUAUGAUCAAGAUGAUGGAGCAGGGCAAGCAAUGGUUCCAUCUCCAGGGAGCCAAGGAUGGGCGCGCUAAGAUGACAUUGAACUGGAAGCCCGUCGCUCUGGGCGCUCUUGCAGGUGGCGCUGGCUACGUUGACCCUAUCGGUGUGAUGCGCUUCCACUUCAAGGGCGCAAAGGACCUGCGCAACCUGGAGGCCAUGGGCAAGUCAGACCCUUACGCUCGUGUUCUGCUGUCUGGUAUUCCUCGCGGCCGCACCGUGACUUUCCGUAGCAACCUCAACCCCGAGUGGGACGAGGUCGUGUACGUGCCUGUCCGCAGCGCCCGCGAGAAGCUCACGGUCGAGGUCAUGGACGAGGAGACCAUCAACAAGGACCGCUCCCUCGGCUGGGUGGAACUGAACGCCUCUGACUUUAUCCACGAGACCGAGACUGGCCUUUACGAGAUCGAUGAUGAGAAGCAGCUUAUCACCAGUAGCCUGGGUAUGGGCGGCAUUGGCGCCAAGAAGGGUACCAUCAGUUACACCGUUUCCUUCUUCCCGACUAUCCCCGUUGUCAACCCCGAGGAUGAGGUUGAGGAGGAAGAGGAGGCUGACGGUGCUGCUGCUGCUGCUGAGACUGAUGGUGCUCCACGCAAGAGUAUGCACUCCAAGUCUGCUAGUGUAGAUUCCAAGGCUUCCAAAGCUUCCAAAACUUCCAAGGCCCUGUCCAAUGGCACCAACCCCAAUGGUACGAACGGCGAUCCCGCCACUAGCCGUGCCAGCCUCGAGACCAACGGCUCUCGCCCUCUUACUCGCGACUCAGACGCUACCUCAGUUCGCUCGGUCAAGUCUAUUCCUAAGACUUAUCUCAGUGCUGAGGACCUCCACAUGCACGAGUCUGGAAUCAUCGUGUUCAAGUUCCACGAUGGCCAACUGGCUCACUCCAAUGUGCAGCUCGAGGUCUUGAUGGACGACUACAUGUUCCCUGCCUACGUUUCGGCCAAGAUCCACUCGACCACUCUCAAGAACACCGACGUUGGCGAGGCCUUUGUUCGCGAGCUUGAGUUCUCGAAGAUUACCUUGCGUCUGGUCAACAAGGAGAACAACAAGGACACGUCCAAUGAGGAUCACAUCGUUGCCAAGUUGACCGGUGAUACCCUACCCACGCUUCAGCGCAUCUUGUAUACUCCAACCGAGCUCGUCCUCCGCUCCAACUCUGGCCAGGUGAGCAAGGUGACUGUCAGCGGUCGCUACAUUCCCGUGCAGAUGAAGCUGGACCCCAGGGAAAGCAUCAACAACAUGGGUACCCUGCGCGUGGACAUUCUCGACGCCGCCGACCUGCCCUCUGCCGACCGCAAUGGCUACAGCGACCCGUACUGCAAGUUCCGCUUCGGCGAGCACGGCGAGGUCGUCCACAAGACCAAGGUGCAGAAGAAGACGCUGCAUCCUGCCUGGAACGAGUUCUUCGAAACUCCCAUCAAGUCCCGUAUCGGCGCAGACUUCCACGUCGAUGUCUACGACUGGGACUUUGGUGACAAGGCUGAUUGGCUCGGCUCUGCUAAGAUCGACCUGGAGAGCCUCCAGCCUUUCGAGGCUAAUGAGAUUACUCUGCCUCUGGACGGCAAGUCGGGUGUCAUCCGUAUGAAGCUGCUCUUCAAGCCUAGCUACGUCGUCCGCUCCCGCCAGGGCUCGUCAACCUUCUCAGGUACCUUCGCCAUGCCCGGCAAGAUCGUUGGCGCACCCGUCAAGGGCGUCGGCUUCGUCGGCGGCAACGUCGUCCGCGGCGCUUCCUUCCUCAAACACGGCGUCAUGCGAAUGGGCAAGAAAGACAAGCACGGCGAUGACGCCGCCUCACUCGCCCCCAGCACCGUCGACGAGACGUCCGAACGCACCGGCGGUCUCGCCCCCGCCGCACCCCUAGUCGACGGCGACUCUUCGCCCUCCACCCCCAAGGAACACAGCCGUAACCGCAGCACGGCAUCCAACUACGGCGAUCGCCUCAGCGCAGCCGGCACAACCGGCCGCGGCGACAUGGGCACUGCCAACAUCACCAUCGUCUCCGCGUCUGGCUUCCCAUCCUCUUCCAACCUCCGCGUCGUCGUCCGCAUGCAAAACUCAAAGGGCUUUAAGGAAGUCCACAAGACAAAGCCCCACAAGGGCUCCGACGUCCAAUUCGAUGACUCCUUCAGGGUCCAAGCUACCGCCGAUGCAGCCUUCCAACUCCGUGUCUUCGACCACUCUACCUUCGGCUCCGACGGCAAACUAGGCCAAGCGCCUUUCUUCGUCGCCGACCAGGCCGACACCGCUGACCAGGAUAAGGCAAUCCCCGUUGGCGAGGGUACCGUCGUGAUCCGCUCCAACUUCGUGCACUCUGAUUCUUCGCUUCGUCCUUCGACUUCGCAUUCUACAGCCGCUGAUGCCGAUGGCUCCGAGAGCCCUGCUAGUAAGCGGCGCAGUUUUCUGAGUAAGCGCAACGCUAGUGGGUCUCAUGCUUAG